CAUCCUGCUCAAAACAAUAAAUCUGUGUAGAACCCUGAUAGCAUCUAAACCCCUAAAUGGCCUUAUUACGAGCGGCGGUCCCGAUAGCAGCAAGAGGAGGUGUGAGGGCACUUUUUUCAACAUUUUCUUCUAAUUUUCCUUUCAAUCCACCGCAGCCGCAAGUAGAAAAGGCGCCGCCUGCUGAACCAUCCACCAAUCUCUUUGUUUCCGGUCUUAGCAAACGUACUACCUCGGAAGGGCUUCGAGAUGCAUUUGCCAAACACGGUGAAGUGGUCAAUGCCAGAGUGGUGACAGAUCGUGUAUCUGGUUAUUCAAAGGGUUUUGGUUUUGUUAGAUAUGCAACCUUGGAAGAUGCUGCAUCUGGUAUAAAGGGCAUGGAUGGCCAGUUCCUUGAUGGAUGGGUCAUUUUUGCCGAGUAUGCGAGACCAAGGCCUCCGCCUCCUUCCAUGCAGGAUAAUGACAAUGCAGGUGGAUAUGGCAAUUAUAAUGCACCCAUGUAUGGCAGGAAUAACAUGUGAACUUUUAUCAGCUCCUCGUGAUUGGGAUAUUAUGCAUCUGCUCAAAGAAGAAUUCUUUAUAUGAACCAUGGUACUUCAAUGGCGUAAACUAAAUAGAUGUAUCGAUUUUUUGGAAGUUCAGUCACCUGGUGUUUGGUGAUACAAAAUGUACCAGACCCUGUUCGACGUUCUUUCCAAUUAAACAUGUGGAUCUCGAUCAUAAGUUAAAAGCUUGCUUAAAUUAUUUGUUUGUAUUGGUAGAUGUUUAGUUCGCUCGAACUUUCGCUAGAAUGCUAAAUUGUUUGUUUGUAUUUGUAUUGGAGCGAAAUGGGCUUGAGCGGAAUGAAUAUAUUUAUAUGGUUGAAUUAUAUUAGUUUAUUCAUUCCA